GGCGGUGGUUCCCGCGGCGGGGGGCGGGGGCGGGCGCCCGGCGGCCAUGGCGGCGGUGAAGGCGGCGGGCGAGCCCCUGGGGCGGACGGCGGAGGAGGUGGCGUGGGCCGAGGCGCUGCGCGGGGCCUGCGAGCCCGAGCACCACUGGCGGCACCGCCGCGAGUUCCUGCUGCGCAACGUCGGGGAGCUGCCGGCGGCGGGCAGCGCCCAGCUCCAGCGCCUGGUGUCCCUCUCCAUGGUGUGGGCCAACCACGUCUUCCUGGGCUGCCGGUACCCGCCGCAGGUCAUGGAGAAGGCGCUGGAAAUGGCCGAAGGCAUCCAAGUGACCGGCGCGCCUGUCCGCACCACGAGAGACGAACUGGUUGCCAAGGUGAAGAAAAGAGGCAUAUCAAGUAGCAAUGAAGGGGUAGAGGUUCCCUCCAAGAAGCGAGCUGUUGAGAAAAGCAAAGAUUCUAAGGAUACCGGAAAGGAUGUGAAAACAACCAAGGCAGAAGCCCCAAAAGAAACAGAGAGCACACUGCCUAAAAAGCAGGAAAAAGAUACUAGCAAAGAUCCAGAAAUCUCCCAGUCAACUUGCAGUUCAAAUCAAGAAACAGUCUCAGCGUCAGACAUAGAAACAGAAGGAAAACCUGCUAAUGCUGAAAAUACUACUGAGAAAAACCCACCUUCAUCUGAAAAAGAGUCAGGAGAGAAGCCUUGCUCAAAUCCACCUAAGGAAAACAAGUGUGAAGAUGUGCCAUCGCCUGAAAAGAAAACUCCAGUAAGUGUAGUGCCAGCGUCUGCCAAGGGCUCCCCGCAGGCAGAGGCGGUGCCAGCGGUGGUGCCACCGGUUGCCAAGAGCAUGCCGCAGGCAGAGGUAGUGCCAGCAGCAGUGCCAGCAGCUGCCAAGAGCACCCCGCAGGCAGCGGCGGUGCCCGCAGCAGUGCCACUGACCACCAAGAGCACCCCGCAGGCAGCGGCAGUGCCACUGACCACCAAGAGCACCCCGCAGGCAGCGGCAGUGCCACUGGCCGCCAAGAGCACCCCGCAGGCAGCGGCGGUGCCACUGGCCGCCAAGAGCACCCCGCAGGCAGCAGCAGUGCCACUGGCUGCCAAGAGCACCCCACAAACAAGUGCAACAUUGGUGUCUUCCAAAACCCAAGCGAGCGCCCCAGCAUCAGUGUCCAAGAGCAGCACUCAGGUGGGCACCUCGCUGCUGCUGGCCCCCAAGAGUGGCACUCAGGCAGGCACCUCACUGCUGCUGGCCUCCAAGGGCACUAAGGCAGGGUCCUCACUCCUCGCCUCCAAGAGCAGUGCCGAGGUGGCUGCCUCAUUGCUGGCCGCUCGGAGCGGCGCUCAGCAGGGAUCUGCACUGCUGACUUCCAAGAGCAGCGCUCAGGUGGCUGCUUCGCUGCUGGCUGCUCGGAGCAGUGCUCAGCAGGGUCCUUCGUCACUGGCCUCACGGGGUGGAGCUCAGGCAGGUGCUUCGCUGCUGGCAUCCAAGGGUGGCACGCAGGCAGGUUCCCCACAGCUUGCCUCCAAGAGUGGCUCGCAGGUGGGCGAGAGCCCUGCUAAGGCUUUGCGCAAACCGUUGACCAGCGAAGAUGUGAAGGAAAGACAACCUUUUUUCAACAGACUGUACAAAGCUGUAGCCUGGAAACUGGUUGCUGUUGGAGGCUUCAGUCCCAACGUAAAUCACGUGGAACUUCUAAACUCAUCUAUUCAGUCUGUAAAAGCUACUUUAGAUGUUGCUUUUGUUCCCCUCAAGGAACUUGCAGACUUGCCUCAAAAUAAAAGCUCUCUGGAAAAUAUAGUUUGUGAACUGAGGUGCAAGUCGGUCUACUUGGGUACUGGCUGUGGUAAAAGUAUGGAAAAUGCCAAAGCGGUUGCUUCAAGAGAGGCUUUGAAGCUAUUCCUCAAGAAGAGAGUUAUUGUGAAGAUCUGUAAAAGAAAAUACAAAGGUAGUGAAAUUGAAGAUUUGGUACUUCUGGAUGAAGAAUCAAAACCUUCGAAUUUACCUCCAGCUUUAAGAAAUCCUCGUGAGAUCUUGUAGGGGAGCUUUGCUGUUUGUACUGUGUAUAGUAUUUCAACACAAGGACUGAAGGUUAAUUUUGUACUUUGAAAAUGUAGGCUUCCAGAUAUUUUGUAUUUCUUUCUCAGUUUUGCAAGACAAUGAUAGUCCUUUCACUUGGUAGCAAUUGUAUAAAACUUGUUAGAGAUGACAGGUGCGCAUUUAAAGGUAUGCCUUAAUAUAUAGCACACUAGUGUGCUGGUUUGUUUGCAAAAUAGUCUACCUAAUUCUUCUAUUUUUAAUUAAAUGAUUAAGGUACAAUUUGCUGUUUAAAACCUGACCGUUUUGUAAUUCUUACGAUUUGAUGGCGGUGUGCUCAAUUGUCUACCACGUCUUUUUUAGCCAUGUAGGAGUGUGUAUAUAGGGACCAUAAUACUUGAAAGUUGUUUAAAAACUUCAGUCGAAAAGUUGAAUUCGUCCGUUUCAGGCUUGUUGCUCAUAAUGUUCACUGUUGUGCAUACUAGGAGAGAAAAUUGUUGGUUGACUAUUUUUUGGGAUGUUUUUGUAAUGCUCGCAAUAUAAAUGACACCCUGAUCCCAUUUAACAUUACACUGGCAAAUUACCAAUUGGCAGUCAAGUCUCAGCUACUUCAGCCACCAGAACUCUGUAAGCAAGUUUAAUUUAUAUUGUGAAAUACCACUUGCUGAUUUUUCUCGAGGUAAACAUGGAUUUCUAUAUUAAGCAUAUUUUGACUGCUAUUAAAACCUCUGGGAUGUGCUUUUAUAGUACUUUGGUUGUGGCUAUUAACUAUUCCAGCCAUUUCAAUAACUUUGCAACACCUGAAUAAAAGCUUUACUUUGAGCGGCCUCAAGGUGUAAUCCUACAAGGAUGACUUGUUUUCUGUGGACUCAUGGCUGCAAUACUGUAAAACUGAUAGCAGACCUAUAGAAAACCUAUUUCUACUUUUGUAACGCCAAGAUAAGCAAAAUGAAGAUGCUGCUGUCUGCUAGAGACAGUGAGUGCAUCGUGAAGUAUUCACGCUAACUGAGCUCUCCCUUUGCUACAUUCGUACGCCAUGUGCAGAGUGGUUUGGAGCAAAGAAAAUACCUUUUAUUUUCAAUGUUACUGAAAUACCUGCACAAACUGCAUGUUUUGAUGUAUUGGAUAAUGACAUGUAAUUGUAAAAACAUAAUGUCUUCAGUGCUAUUUUGACUUGAUCUUGUCCGAUGACAGUAAUUAGCAUCAUUUAGUGGUGACCUUACACUUGACUGACAGAUCCAUUGAUUGGAUACCUCAGGAGUGAAUAUAGAUUCCUGGGGUCUCAGUAGUAGAUGCGUCCACUGAAAGACUUCGAGUUCUUCUGUGAUUCUGGGACUGAACCACAGCAGUGUUACACUGUACCCUACGUGGUUCUGUCCAGCCCCUAGCACCUCAAGCCUGCAAGGCACUUGCGCUUCCCGACGGCCUGUUCAGAACUUCCUCCAUCUGACCCCUGCACUCUGCGCUCUCCUGAGGUUUCUCAGGCAUUCCUCCUCAGUGUUUCUGGAGCACGACCUGACAUUUGGAAAGCAAAUUGUGUCUUACGCAGCACGAGAUUUGGUGCGUGCUUCUGGUGCAGAGCAAGUUCCAUGCUGUAUUUGGGAGUUGCGGUAUUCGCACCGGGAAGCACAAUACCUGUUUUCAAAUCCUCACCCUGUUCAGGUUGGAGAUGCAGAGUGUUUUUGCGGGGCAGGAAUAGCAUUCUCUGAAGUAGUAUUCUUCACUCUGAAGUGCCCUCUGAAGUAGGUAACAGCUUUUCUAGCUGUUGGUGUGGGCAUUGCCAGGUCUCUGGUCGAGAGCUGCAGCACGUGUUGCAAUGUAAAAACCUGUGUUUCCUAUCUGUAAAGUGGAGCGCACAGCAUUUACAGAGCUCACGGGGGUGGCAGGGUAACUGUGUUUUGAAAGGCUGAGGUGGUAGGUGCUUUUUUAUAAAGUCCUGACUUAAGCUUACCUUUUUUAAAAGAUUUUUGAAUGUUAUUCCUCUUUGAUGUUUGGUUGUGAUUCAUUAAAGGAUGAGUCUGUAGCUACUCUUAACAGAAACUGAAAGUUGAAGCGUGUUAUUUUUAUUUCACAUUCUGCAUGGAAAGCAGCCCAACAAGCAGAUUCUGACAUACAAGUAAAUAAGCAUUAAGUAUUUGAAAGGAAAUCAUUAACAUUUCAUUAACUCUAGAGAAGAGUGAAAGAAUUUUGAAGACCUGUCCGCGGCAAGAGGUGUUUGUGCCGUCCCGUCAGUUCUAAAACCUGUAGCUCUCGCUGCCAGGUGCUGCGCUGGCCUCCAGCAGUCACCGUCACACCUCGCUGGGGAGGAGUACCGAGAACAGAUGCACUGACGUGAGUGCGCGCGCAGUUCUCUUGGGGACAAAUGGAACCGGCCGAAAGGCAAAGCGACGCAGUUUCCGCAGCAGGGUGCGGGAAGCUGCGGUCACGGCAGAUGGCUCCCGCUUGCCCCGCGGGCACAGUCGGGGCGCGCUGCCGGCACCGGGGCGGGGGCCACCGGCUAAAUCCCGUGUUUCCCGCGGCGGCACAAUGAGGUGGCGCGCGGUGCGGCCCACAAGGCGGCGCUACCGUAGCCCCUCCCCGGCGGGGCUACUGCCCUGCGCAGGCGCUGCCGGCCGCGCCGCGGGGGCCGGGGCCGCAAGCGGGGCGGGGCCGCGGCGCUUCAUUUGCUUAAGGUAUUCCCGGGGCGGGGCGGUCGCUCAGCGGCGCCGGGAUCGCGGGCACCCGGCAGCGCGGCGCGUCCCGGGGCGACCGAGGGGCUCUCUGCCUGAGCGCCAACUGCGGAGCCCGGCACAGGCAUAGACGGGGCGGCAAGCAGGUCUCGCCCUAACCGCGGUGUUUUCCCACCGCUGGGCCAUAUAAGGCGACGGCGGUGCAGUUGAGGUGCCGGGAUGUUCUGAAGACCUGCUCGCUAGGCCACGCACGGAGGACGCUGGUUCCUCACGGGCCCCGCGCCCGCCUAGGGGAAAGUCCCCGGACCGCCGGCAGAGAGUGCCGGGCGCUGCCGCGCCCCCGCCUGCCCCGCAGAUCACUGUGUCACCGCCGAGACGCCCCCGGGCCGAGCGGGUGAGGGCGGGGCGGGCUCUCGUCACGGCCACAGACACGCAGGUAGUGCGCAGGCGCACCAACAGAACGGGGCUCACUCUCAGGCCAUCCCCU